CCGCUCCCGCUCCUAUAGUCCUACCUUCAAAUCAGAGCUCUCAUCCGCGUUGCUUCGAUCAAAAAGUUGCUUACUUUACCUACACACUGUGAGAAGAUGCGAAUAAAUGAUACCACAGAGGCUUUCUGCCAAGUCUGACAACACCACUGCAAAUUAGCAAGGUUAAGAACCAUUUGUUUUAUUGCACUAGUUCUUGGGUAAGUGUCAGUUUGUUAAACUCUUUUCUAAUGCCUUAUAUCAUGUGCUCAUAUGGCAGAAGAGAGGCUUUCUAAUGAACAUUGGAAAUUCUGGAGAUUGGGCGGUCCAACGUGCACUCUGGAAAUGAAAAUGGAAGAUUGGAGAGACAAUUAGUUAAGUAGUUCUCAUUUAGCUUUUUGCCUAAUAUUUUGGAACAUGUGGUUUUUCAGAAUUGUGGAGUAUUUAAAUUGGGAUAAUUUGAUUACUUCUUUUCGUGUAGUUACAUGUUUUUAAUUCUUGUGUUGUCCUUUAAGAGUGAUUUUAUUCGAAUGAAAGAUUAGUCGAUCCAAUGGGAUGGUUCAGACCGAAUCGAGCCAUAUAUGAUUUGAUCCAAGCUGAAUCGAAGUAAUAACGAUUCGACUUUGGUCAUUGAUUUAGAAAUUUUUGUGAUCGAAUCCGAGGAAGUUGGUCCAGUCUUGACCGAAUCGACCGAUGCCCAACCCUAUUCUACCCCUUGGACAAGACGCAUCCGCUACCGUUGCCACUGUUGGGAAGCCCUCUUUUCCGUCUCUCUGCAAUUCCGCCGUUGCGAUGGCGGCUGUACGAAUGAUAGAUAUUGCGGUAAACUUCACAGAUGGCAUGUUCAAAGGAAUCUAUAAUGGCAAGCAGCACCAUGUAGCGGACAUACCUGCUGUCCUGACUCGGGCUUGGAACGCAGGUGUGGAACGCAUCAUUGUCACUGGUGGGUCUCUGGAGGAGUCGCGGGAAGCUUUGGCAAUUGCCGAGACAGAUGGAAGGCUUUUCUGUACUGUUGGUGUGCACCCUACUAGAUGCAAGGAAUUUGAAGAAAGUGGGGAUCCGGAGAACCAUUUCCAAGCUCUGUUGUCGUUGGCCAAAGAGGGAAUUCAGAAAGGAAAGGUUGUGGCAGUUGGUGAGUGUGGACUGGACUACGACAGGCUCCACUUUUGCCCUGCUGAGAUUCAAAAGAAGUAUUUUGAGAAGCAGUUUGAAUUAGCACAUGCCACAAAGCUGCCUAUGUUCCUCCAUAUGCGUGCAGCUGGCGAGGACUUUUGUGAGAUCAUGGAUCGUUACAAGGACAGGUUCACCGGUGGUGUAACGCAUUCCUUUACUGGCAGCACAGAAGAUCGUGAUAAACUUCUUGCAUUCAGAAAUAUGUAUAUAGGUGUGAAUGGUUGCUCUUUGAAGACAACUGAGAACCUUGAUGUUGUGAGGGACAUUCCCAUUGACAGAAUGAUGAUAGAGACCGACUCUCCCUAUUGUGAAAUAAAGAACACACAUGCAGGAAUCAAACAUGUAAAAUCAUCCUGGCCUUCCAAGAAGAAAGAGAAGUAUGAACCAGGGUCCAUUGUCAAAGGCCGGAAUGAACCUUGUUUAGUUCGGCAAGUUUUAGAGGUCGUGGCAGGCUGUAAAGGCAUCACUAAUACUGAAGAAAUGAGCAGAAUCAUCUACCACAACACCUGCAGAAUGUUCUUUCCGCAGGACUUGGAUUCCGCUGCAGAGUUACUUCUUGCUGGUGGCGAUCAGGAUUCUCAGCUAACAUGAACUGUUUUCCUGCUGGUCGUGAUCAUGACUCUCAGGGAAAAUGCCUUAUUCCCUCUUUUGCUCAACUUUUUCUAGUUGGAAUAAACCCACUCUCAUGUAUUUUUAAGUUCCCCUGAGAAUACUUCAAACCUGGCUUUUUAUCGAGACAUCUUUGAUAUUAGUGCUGGUUCUUUAGAGUUAUACUGAUACUUGCUUGAACGAGUCUUCAAAAAGUUUUCACUUGGUACAAAUAUAUUGCAAUAUAUAUGGUCAUCCAUUGAGCAACAAUUUUCUGCAGUAAAGGUACUCUAUAAAU